AUGGAUAUUGAAAAUAAAUCAAAUCCAGAUGGAGUCUCCACUAAGGACUCCUCUGAAGUGUCCAAAAUAGAAGCCAUACUUGACAAAAUUCUACCGCAUAGGGACAUAAACGUAGUAACCUUAAAGAGCGUCAGAAAAGAUGUAUCCGAUUAUUUAAAUGUAAGUGAAUCGUACUUUUCAGAAAACAAAGAGAAAAAAGAAUUACUAAAAAAUAUCUUAAAGGAAAAACUCUUAAUUCUAUACAAAAAGCAGAAGGAGGAAGAAACGAUAGAUGAUAUUGAAAAUAGUGAACAUAAUGAUGAAAUGAAAAAGAGCGAAUCAAAAAAAAGUGUAAAUGCAAAAAAAACAAAAAAGCAGAAUGAGAAGAAAAAUUAUGAUAAUGAUGAAAACUACACGCAUGAAAGCAUGGAUGAUGAUACAACAAAAUCCAAACCAAAAAAUAAAAUAAAAAAAAAAAAAAAGAGAGAAUUAAAUUCAGAUGACGACAAUCAAAUGCCGAAGAAAAAGAUAAAAGGGAAAGAAAAAAAUGUUCAUAAUGACGAUGAUGAAGAAGAAGAAGGAGGAGAAGAAGGAGAAGAAGAAGAUAAUAGACAGAAUGAUAACUAUGAUGAUCUCUACGAACGUAAAGAAAGUAAUGAUGAUUCUUCAAAAAAUAAAAAAAAAAUAAAAAAAAGUGCCAGCAGUGGAAAUAAUAAUAAUAAAGAAAAAAAUAUACAUACUUUGAAAAAAGAAAAAUUAAGAAAAAUAGUAUUAGAUUUAAAAAUUGGACCAACUAUAUUUAAAGAUCUAAGCAAAGAAGAUGAAGAAGCUUAUAAUAAAAAACUAGAACAAAGAAUAAUUCAAUUCUGUGAAAAAAAACAAGUAUGUUCAGAAAGCAAUAGAUUGCCCAACCCGAAUGAAAUACAUGAGUACAGAAAAAAACUUAAGCUAAAGGAAGAAUUAGAUGGUAUUGACCCUUCGAACAUUCUGGACUCAAGCACAAGGGUUAGGAGAAGGAACCCUAAUGCCUAUGUACCACAAAGUUUUGCAGAGUUUGAUGAAGAGGAAGAUGAGGAAAAUGAUGAAGAAGUCGACAGCACGGAAGAAGAUGAAGUAGAUGAGGUGGAAGAGGAUGACGACGAUGAUGAAUACGUGGGGGGCGAUGAAGAGAACGAAGAUGCAAAAAGGGUAAAGAACACCAAAAAGAAAAAAAAAUUAAAAAAAAAGGCUAAUCUGGAGGAGGAAGAAGACGAGGAAGAAGAUGAGGAAGAAGAUGAGGAAGAAGAUGAGGAAGCAGAUGAGGAAGAAGAUGAGGAAGCAGAUGAGGAAGAAGAUGAGGAAGAAGAUGAGGAAGAAGAUGAGGAAGAAGAUGACGAUGACGAAGAAUGA